GCUGCCGACCAUUCAUCGAAGAUAAUAUAUGAAGAGUUGCAUGCACUGUUUCAGUCAUAUUGUUACUAUUAUAUCCCUCCUACAACAUAAGCAGAAACAGAGACAACAGCACAACCUCAAUCUCUGUCUCUAAUGGCACUCAGGAUGUGGGCUUCUUCCACUGCCAAUGCACUCAAACUCUCUUCUGCCUCCAGACCCCAUCUUCUUCCUCCUUUUUCUUUCUCCAGAUGCUUAUCUACUGUCUUGGAUGGACUCAAGUACGCAGAAUCACACGAGUGGGUCAAGCACGAAGGCUCAGUCGCCACCAUUGGUAUCACUGACCAUGCCCAGGGCCAUCUUGGAGAGGUUGUGUUUGUGGAGCUGCCAGAAGCAGGUGUUACAGUGUCCAAGAGUUCUUGGUUUGGAGCUGUUGAAAGUGUGAAAGCAUCAAGUGAUAUAAACUCUCCAAUAUCAGGGGAGGUUGUUGAGGUUAACAAAAAGCUCACAGAAAAGCCUGGCCUGGUAAACUCAAGCCCAUACGAAGAUGGAUGGAUGAUCAAAGUAAAGCCAAGUGAUCCUUCUGAGUUAGAGUCGUUGUUGGGUCCAAAGGAAUACACAAAAUUUUGUGAGGAAGAAGACGCUAGCCAUUGAAGUUUGGAUUGGCUCCUCACUUUUAUUCAUGUGUUUAUCAUCUUAUUAUCUUUCUGAACAGUUUUUUUAAUAUGCAAUAGAACUGUUUCUUUCCAUUUUUCCUUCC